CACUCGCCGCUCGCUCCCGCAUUUGUUGCAAGUUGCCAUUCAAACGCAGAAUCCGGCUGGAGCUAUGGCAGGGCGUCCCCAGCAGCCGGCGCCGCUUCCCCAACAGCACCGAGGCUGCAGAUGCCACUGCUCAUCCAGAUAUUGAAAUCAUGCUCCUACAACUCCCACUGAUUUAUUGAUAAUAACAAAGAAGAAUCCAGAUGGGGUGCAGGUGCUGUAAAAUGAUACAAAGCUACAUCUUUGAUCCUCAAGAACUGCAGACAUCUGGAUAUGUCAAUGAGAUAAACAACUACAAGUCCGAUGAACAGGAUGGAGGCAAACUCAAAUGCAAGCACAGCAACGACAUUCAGGUACAUAAAAAUGAACUGCAGAACGUUGACUUUCAGUCAGCAGCAAACACACACAAAUUAAACAACACUAAGGAUGUUGUUUGGAAUCACAGAAGUACUGCUCUUUGCGAGGAAGGGCUUGGGAACUUGGUUGAAAAGUGCAGCUUCACUAUCAAUGGCAUCCAUUCCUACUCUGCUGUAAACUUCAACCCCAGCACAAACCAAAGCAAAGAGAUCUGCACACAUCUCAACUCUGGUCAGCUACAGGAUCCUUCCGUCAAAAGGGUCUCCCAGCCAAAAAUGUGUGAAAAACAUGAAGAUCAACCAAAGCCAACUUCAGAGGCAACAAGAAGCGUCCACUAUGAGGAAUUUCAAAAUACAUGUGAAAACAUUCCUUCUGCUCAGAGUGCCAUAUCAGAGACCCAAGGCAGUGGCAUACAUGUGCCUGGCCCAAAUGAAUCCCCAGAUGCCAGUUGUCCUAGAAAACAAAGAGCUGCUGGAAACACGAGUCUGUUAACCAACCGCACAUGCAGAGCCCAAAGCACUGAAUGCUUGCCCAGGUACAAGCCAUCGUGUGAGUCUGAAAGCUGUGAUUCAGGAGAUGAACCCUGUAGGGUGUGUGUCAAGGAUAAAUCAUCCAGGGAGGCCCCAUCUCCACAUAUUGAAACGGAUGCGGCAGAAGGAGCAAUGUGUGUGUGCCACAAAGAGGUGGAUAGAGAACUGGAAGAGGAGGAGGAGGAGGAUGCAGAAGUAGCAGAGGCUCUUGCAGCCCUUGAGGCUGCUACAGCAGGAGAAGACUCUGAUGAGGAAGAGGACUAUUAGAUGAUUGCCGUGGUACUGAUAAUAAAUGUUGUUGCAGACGUGGUGUGAAAGGCCACACUGGGGGCCUGCCCUGGGGAACAGCAACAGCCCGGGCUGCCCAUAAUGGGAGGGAACACAUUGACAGGCCAGGUGAGCUACUUCACAAGAGGAGCUGUGCCAGGUCCCAUGUUGUGCAUCUCCCAGGACUAUAUUGAUGUACCACCAGCAACAUCACGCAACCAAAUGUUUAUGUGCCAGACCUCUGCACUGGGGUGGGUGGAAGGAAGGCCAGGAUGUACCAGCAGGUCUCUGGGUGACUUGCAGCAGGUUGGCAUGGGCUUCUGACUCCCUGUCAGUUGCUUAAUAAUAGGAACAAAGUAGCUCUUCCUACUUAAAUUAGGCUACUGAAAUUACAAAACAAUCUCAGUGUAAGCAGAAGAGAACUUUUGUCCCAAAGAAUUGCGAUUUGGUUCAGUUCUGGUAUGGAACAGAAAUCCUCCAGCUCAGAAUGUGCUCAAAGGCAUGCAUUUAAGUGUAUGUCUUUUGUGCCUUGCUCCCCUUGAUGAAUCAUGAGGUUCAUGCAAAAAAACAGUAGAGUCCACGAGCUGGAAGCUUCCCAAUGAGCUAUCCAACCCAUGAGCUAUCUGCUGCUCCUGCCAGACAAGUGAAUCGUCCCCUUCUGCUUGCCAACAUGGCAGCUGCAGACUGUAAUGAAUGCACAUGCUGCAAGGAAUGGUUAACAUAUAUAAUUUACCCAGGAAAAAUUCCAGCUAGAAAAAUUACCUCCCGGUGAAAUUCUCUUGUUUUUGGGGAAAAAAAGGACUUGGAAGUGCUAAGUGCUCCUUCAGGUCAGUAAGAGCUGAAAUAACCUCCCUGACUUUAAGAUAUCAGGACAGUGAGAAGUUGUCCUCCCACACUUCUGGGCAGUUCAGAGCUUUCCUCAGCCCUCCAGGCUUCACGUGUUCCUCUUACCUGCUGAAGGGCAAUUUCAGCUAGAGCUCAGAGACAACUGCUGGGUUCGGAGGGAGAGUUUCAGUGGUGCCAGAAACGGUUUCCCUGACUUUUUUUUUCCUUUGCAGGAAAGACUUCAGACAAAAGCAUUCCCUUUCUCAUUUGCACUUACCUCAGUGAUGUCACCACAUCGCUCAUUCGGACUGAAUACACAGCGCUGUGAGUGACGGCAUCCUGUUCACUACCCAGCCACCCGUAGGGUGAAAGAGAAGAUAAAGUAGGACAUAGCAAAGAUAGAAGCAGGCACAGCCAGGGGGAAACAAUAGUACCAAAGGGUGUUGGAAAAAUAAAUGAAUAUCUGCUUUGUUUUAACUGGAAAAUAUUUAACCUAGCUCUAGUUUUAUGUAUUUUCCCCCUUGUAAAACCCACUAAAAACACAAGUAAACAUUUCUCUUGUACCUACGGCCACAUAGACCCAACUGGUACCAAAACAUGGGAGAAGAACCAUAGCUCAGUGGCAGGGCACCUGCUUGGGAUACAGAAGGCCCCCUGCCACCGGUUCGAUCCCCAGCAUUUCCAGGUAGGGCUCAGGAAGGAUCCUGCUGCAAAACCCUGAAGAGAUGCUGCCAGCCCGUGCUGACAAUACUGGGUGAGAUGAGCCAAGGUUUAGGGUUGGCACAUGGCAGCUUCCCAUGUUCCACAGCUGCAGGAUGAUGGCUAUUUCAAGGGCUUGAUGUAUGGAAGUGGUCACUGACAGGCACAGUGUGCCUACAAAGUGACCAUAAUGAAGGGGAGAGAGUCAUCUAGGCAUGUCUUAGGGUUCUGGUGCUGAGCCACGUGUGCCAUUUGUAAUAGAGGGGCGGUAACUCAGGGGUAGAGCAGUUGUUGCUGUUAGUAUGCUACAUUUGUGUUCUUCCUUUUUUAUCCAAGGAACCCAGAGCGACUUGCACAAUCUUCCACU